CUGCUGGGGACGUGGCUCUAUGUGGCCGGGGCCGCCCAGUUCCCCCAGCACCUCCUGGAGAUGCUGCUCAUCGACCACGGCCACCUCCACGUGGAGUCCAGCACCGGCGAGGAGCUGCUCAUCUUUUUUUUGGGGGACCAGUGUCUCACCAACAACUCCACCUACUUCGAAAUUGUCCCUGGUAACACCACGCUGGUGAAGCACGCCAAGACCCAUCAAACCGUGGGGAUGCUGAUGAACCUCAGCUCUGAAGACGUUCUACUCAUCCAGCACCAACUGCAGAGGGAAAGGACAUAUUUGGGACUGUAUCUCUACGCCCGAAACCUGAGCGUGAGUGCAGCUGACCAGGAAGAGUUCGAGCACCACGCUGAGUGCCUGGGCCUGAGCAAAGAGGAGAUCGUGUACGCGCCGUGGAGAACGGAGCUGUGUCAAGUGAAAGAAAUUGAAAAAGGAAACAGCCCACACAUGGAGCCCACGACUGCGGUCACAGCAUCACCUCCUCCAGGUACCCGCCAGCCUGGGAGCACGGGUAACUGA